AUGGCUGCUUCAACUUCGCAGAGCCAUCAAUCACAGCAUGUUGCCACUUCUGCUCUCGAGGACGAUACCUCGCCCGUAUCCACCGACUGGCAGGGCCAGAGUGAAGCAGACGCACAAUGGCUGAAGCACAACAUUCUCAGUUUAGCCUUGGAGAAGCUGAUGGAGCACAUCGCCGAGAUAGAGGAAGACUCCACGCAGACUUGGAAUAGCUUCUCUCCUGAAAAAUUUCCUAGAAAUGUCUCUCAAAUCAUCACGGACGAGGAGCGACAAAAUACCAACCGCAACAUAUACGAUGACGAAGAGGCACUCCGCGCGCUUCCUUCAUCUAAGAGAUAUCUUCCAUGUCACUACUUCGAUCAUAUUUGUGGUUCGAGCACUGGCGCCCUCAUCGCAAUCAUGUUGGGGCGGUUCCGCAUGACCGUUCCAGACUGCAAAGCAGAGUACAAAGUCCUAGGUGAUAAAGUCUUCGGUAAACCUCGAAUCUUCUUCACACUUCGAACUCUGGUUGGAGAUAGGCACAAAUAUAAUGCGAAGCGUUUGGAAGAUAUGUUCAUAGACGUCUCUAAACGACGGGACGAAGAGCCAGAAGGAUGGUAUGGGAAGAUUACAUUUCCUCUUCGGCGAGACCUAUGCACCACAUUUGUAACCACUCGAAGCAAGACAACGGACGAAAAGUCAGACCAGUUGUACCUGAUACGCUCCUAUGAUCACGAAAAACGUUCGACGCCUCAGGUUUCAAAACAGCCUAGUCGGUCGAAUACCGACAUGUCUCAAUUCAGUAACCGACAACGGAGAGCUCGUUGCACGGGCAGCCACGGCAGCACCCCUAUAUUUCGAGCCCUUGAAAAUAUACAGUACUUUUGGGGGGCGGAAGACUGCAUCGAAUUUACCGACGGAGGCUUUGGCGCAGAGAACAAUCCUGUGAAGGAAGCAAAACAAGAAAUUGAAAGCCUCUACGGGCCAGAAUCUGUCGGAAUCCUCGUCAGUGUGGGGACUGCACGUAAGACUACACCAGAAAGAGCAAAGUCUUUCCUCACAACAAUGCCAACACAGGGGAGGAAUAUGGCUAGUAAGGCCACCAACCCCGAGAGUGCCCACAAAGACAUGCUGGAAGAGACCAACAGAGAUGAAGCCUUCCCAUAUUAUCGGCUCAAUCAUCCCGGCGGCUUGGAGUUGGAGCUAGAUGCCUGGGAGCCGAAACAGUCAAAGUUCCGUAGCAAAAACCAGAGCGGGUCUCAGACGAUAGAUGCUAUUGAGAAUGCCUUCGGUCACUGGGCACGAAAAGUAGACACACACCGAAUGCUAGAGGAGUGCGCUUCCGGGUUGGUUGAACGAAGAAGAAAACGCAUGAAGACGGCGAGGUGGGAGCGAUAUGCCACAGGCGCAAGCUAUGAGUGUCGCGAGCAGCGCUGCACCAAAGUCUGUUAUGAUCGGAAACAAUUCAAGCGUCAUCUUUCCGAGCGUAUAAUGGUCUUGAAUCUGAAGAUUCUUGUAUCGCUUGCAACUUUUCCGUACUAUCGGAUCUUCCGGGGCAACACACUAAAGCCCAUUCAGCUGAUCGCAAGCUACACUGGUCAGCCAAACCAGAUCAAAAAGAUCUUGUACCACUUAAAUCACUGGCAGGCACGCAAAAUUGCAGAGCUUCAGUUCAUUUCAAUUGCCUGUGCCAUUCUAGCUGCUGCCACAAUCGGCUCGUUCUCAUGGAAUGCAGUCAUCGAUGCUUACUGGCUAGCAGCUGCAUUCUGGUACUCCAGUCUCAUUCUCUCAAUCCUAGGAAUACUCCUAUCAGCGCAGCAAAUCACAGUAUUCCAACUUCUCGGGAAACCUCCAAAUGAUCUCAAAGAUCGUGACUCUACGAUCAAAUCCAUCCGCCGUUUUUUGCCUUUGAUCUUGUCCGAAGUUUCACCAUCGCGAACAUACGCAGAGACCGCGAAUGACUUAGGGGAGAUCGGCCGAUGGCGACCCAGGUGGAAGAUGGUCUUCAUCUGGCAAUGUCCGGUAAUGUUCAUGUCAUAUUCGGUGUCCCUCUUCAUGGCUGGAUUGACAAUCUUUGUUUGCACGCCACUUAUAAGAUUCGAAGGAUGGACGACAGGCGCCAAUAUCGCAGUAUUCUACCUGGUGACGGUAGCACUGACCGGUCCUAUUUUCGCCUUCGCGUCGUUCUGGAUAUACCAUUACGUCGAUUUGGAACACGACUUUGAUGAGACCGAUGAACACCCUACAGAAGUCUCUACCCAGACUAUGUAA